GAGCUCCGCCUUUACACUAGGGUGCAAAUUUAUUGUAAACAAAAUAUGGCGACAAUAACUAUCUGUGAUCGUCGAAAAAAUGGAAUCUCUGAGAGGAAACGAGUAACUGUGACUGAUUUAAACUCAAAUAUUUCCAAUCUUAAGAUACUUAUUACAUCUCAGCUAACAGAUGGUCCGUUAAGUUACGAAUUGGUGUAUUGUGGGAAUGCUUUGAAAGAUGAAUCAACAAUGAGGUCAUGUGGUCUUCACACUGGAUCAACAGUAUACUUACUGUCCAAAUCAAAGUUAAGAGAAGAAGACCCUGACCCAUCACAAGUAAAUCCCUCCAAGGAGAAGAUUAAGCAGCUGAUGUCAGUUCUUCAGGGAGCACUUAAAAGUCCAGCAUACAAGUCAACAGUAGAAGGUAUCAUGACUUCUCCAGAGAAGCUUCAAGAAAUUGUGAAUGCAGUCCCUGGCUUGAAUAGCAACCCAUCCACACUGAAUCUUUUCAUGGACCCAUCAUUGCUUAGCAUACUGGCUCAUCCAGGCAAUAUUGGAAGGCUAUUGGAGUCUCACCCCAGUUUUGUGCGUGUGGCCGAGCUGAUCUCCGAGCAGGUAAAGGAAGCAGGCAGGACAGGCAACUUCACAACGUCCUCCACCCACUCCUACUCCCUGGACCACAUGUCAGACGAGGAGGAGGAGGCACCCGCAGCGGUAUGGAGUGGCAGCACACCUAUCACAGCUAAUCAGCUGGCAGCAGCCCUAGCAACAGCUACAGGGGCUGGACCCUCCACGUCCACUGCAGCACAGGGUCAUCCUAGACCAAUCACCCAGGACUUCUUCCAACAGGCAAUACUACAGGCCCAGUCCAGUACCAUUACAAGCCAGCUGCAGCAGAUGCAGGAGAUGGGUAUCACAGAUGAGAACGUGGCCAGACAGGCUCUACAAGCCACCAAUGGAGACCUCCAGGCAGCUAUAGACCUCAUAUUUGGGGGAGAGUUCAAUUGAGUCAUGCUUUACAAACCCCUGUCAGCGACCAAUUCUGGACUUCUUAGACUUUAAGAAUGUAUGAUCAUUGAUGUUCUUACUAGUUGAAUGUUAAUGAACUGCAAUUAUCUUGAGUCUUAUUGGGCAUUUACAUCCUCUUAUAACAUGAGUCUGAAUUUAAAUACACCGUAUUUUUGAAUGGCAUAAGCAACAUCUAUAGGAAUUAUCUUUUACCUGUUUAUGUCCAAAGUUGACAUGUUGACUGUUCGAAAUGCAAGUUAAAAGUUUUAAUGUUGUUAAUUUUUUGGCAUGUUUUAAGUUAACCUGACCACAAAAUAUUCAAGGUGAGCUAUUUUUAACCCACUAUGUCUGGCGUAUGUCAUUGUGCAGUGUGCAAUGUCCGGUGUUCGACAUCAAUUUCAAGCUCAAAACCCCUCUAGAGGCCACAUUUGUCAUCCAAUCUUGAUGAAACUUGGUUAGAAUGUUAAUCUACAAUAUGCAGGCAGUUUCAAUCUGGGUAAUGUGUGUCCCAAACCUAGAUCAAUUCUUACAAAUACCUUGUUACCAGAUUAGAGGCCACACUUAUUACUCAUUCUUUAUUUCUGGAAACAAGGUUACUAUGCCACAUCUUAAAGAAACCUUGUUACUUCUCUAGAGGACACAUUUAUGACCUAAUCUUGAUGAAACUUGGUCCGAAUCGUGUCAAUAUCUUGGCUUAAUUUUAAUCUGGGUUACAUGCGUCCAAAAACAUUGUUACCAUUCUCUUGGCAGUUAUGGCUUACUCCAUUAUGAAACUUGGUCAGAAUACUUAUCUGACAAUUUUAAUGGCAUGUUUUAAUCCGGGUUAAGUGGGGCACUAGAUCACCAGGUCUUGUCUUUAAAUUCUUGUGUUGAUAAGCUCAGGAGAAAGCAUACCGGGGGUAUUUUCCACCACUUGUUUCAUAAGACUUUCUGUGCCUCAGCUUGGCCUAAGACAGGGAAAACGCUCUUAAUCACCCCAAGGCACCAACCUGUUGUCAUAAUGACAUUAUUAUAUAGACAUUUUAUUUGAAAUUUCAUAGUGAAACUACCUUUAUUUAUUACAGAAGCAAUGUUUUCAAUAAAAAGCAAGUUAUCUUAAAUAUACUAUUUAUAUGCUAUAUUGAAAAUAUUUCAUAUUCAUGCAGAUAGUAUUAACUUGCGCGCUUUAUAGCCAUUUGGACAAAGGAACUCCUGUUCAGUCCAAAUCCUGGCUGUAUUACUGAAAGUUGAUUUAAAAAUGCAUUAAUUUAAAUAGCGAAGUCAGUGCAUUAUACAUUUUGUCACAGUAAACAAUUGGCAAGACUGAAUAAAUUGAACGAUAUGGAAGAA